AGUUGAAAUCGAAAAAAACACACGGUGAGGCGGGCCACCCUUUAACCCUCCCGCGAACCAAUCUCUUUUUUUCAAUUUCCCUCAUUGCCAUGGCCGCAUCUCCGUGACACACUCUCACUAAUCUUUUUUCAAUUCUCAUUUACUUUUCUAUUCACAUAAUAAUAACUACACUUUUGAAACCCUUUCACGCGAUUCUCAGUGUUAGGGUUUCAAAUUUCAACUAUCUUUAGAUCCAAUUUUAUGGAAAGCCAAGACAAUUUCAGCGACGGUGCUUUCAAAACCCGCCGCGCUCUCACAGACAUGACUAACCACCCAUCGAAGAGACCCUUAUCUUCAAUCUCCGGUGACGAAGACGGAGCAGAGAAUUUACUCAAAAAGAUUUGUCACAACGAUAAGGGCAAAAACCCUUGUUCCGAGUUACCCUUUUCAGGCAAUAAUUCUUCACAAGAACCCAGUUUACCCAGUGGCGGAACCGGUACCGGAACCGAUGAUUCGAAUGAUAGUUUUGUUGGAAGAUCUCAGAAUGAAGGGUUUAUCGACCGUGGUAUCGAACAUGAUGACAAUUUGGGAUCUUCCCAAUGUGCUGGUGGGUCGGUGGAACCACCAAUUGUGUCUGGUUCUAUGUUUCCAGGGUUGGAACGGUGUUCUGCUCUUAAAAACCAAGAUGUUGAGAAUUUGGAUGCACAUGUUGGUGUGGAAUUUCUGAAAAACUGUACUUGUUCCUUUUGCACCAAAGCUGGUUAUAUCUGGUCGGAUCUCCAUUACCAGGAUGUCAAGGGUAGACUAACUGCUCUAAGGAAGAGUCAGAAGGAAGCAAGAUUGGUGGUCCAGAAAUUUUCUGGAAUAAAUGAUACUCAUAAUAUCAUACAUGAACAACAAGGCGGCAUUGAUCCAUCCGAUUUAGAAUCGAGCCUUAUGCAUCAGUGGAAAUCUCUGUUUGUUCAUAUGCAAAACAUAUUGGGUCAUGAAAGUAGACAACUUGAAUCAAGCUUUGAAACACUGAAAGAUGUGAGAGAGAACUGCAAGAAUGAUCUUGAGUUGACCAACAACAGCAGCUCUAGCAAUCAUUAGUGUAUGAGUGCCUAUUAUGAUUGUAAGAUUACUUCACACAUCAGUCCAUUAGUUUUGCGUUUCAAUUCGUAUUCACAUGUAGAUUUUUACUGUAUCUGUUGUGAAUUCGGUGUUUGUAGAAUACCUAGAAGUAUCUGUGUAGAUUUGUUACAUUGGCCGUUUCCAUUGGUUCUAAUAUGAACAAAAUCAACCUUCUUUGGAGGAUAAUGUUUAUGGGCUUUGUUGCGUGUUCCUAGAGGGACUAAACAAUAAAGGAUGACAAUGCUGCUUUGUUUUCAAAUUAUUUGCUCCAUGGAUUGGUUUCAAUGACUUUUUAGCAACAAAGAUUUUUGGACUGUCUUAAAUGAUGUAUGGUUUGUUAGCUUGAACAUGAGGUGUGUUGGGUAUGUCAAUUUUUUUCUGCAAAAUCAUCCUUUUAUGCUGCAGAAUGCAUGCAGUCCAUUGGUUGUUAAACAGAUUUUAUCAGAAUAUUUUGUUUGGUAGC